GACCAUGAGGGCCGCGGCCAGGGGACCCGCAGAGCCGCAGUGACCGACAACCACCCCGGCACACCCACCGGCACCCCCACGGCCUCCGCCACAAGAUGUUCCGCCGGACCAUCAAUCGCUUGUGUGCUGGGGAAGAGAAACGAGUUGGUACUCGGACAGUGUUUGUUGGCCAUCGACCAGUUUCCGAAACAGAUGCUUACAUUGCCCAGAAGUUUUGUGAUAAUAGGAUAAUCUCAUCUAAGUAUACAGUUUGGAAUUUUCUCCCAAAGAAUCUUUUUGAACAGUUCAGAAGAAUAGCAAAUUUUUAUUUCCUCAUCAUAUUCCUUGUACAGGUAAUAGUAGAUACUCCAACCAGCCCAGUAACCAGUGGACUUCCACUUUUCUUUGUAAUAACUGUUACAGCCAUUAAACAGGGUUACGAAGAUUGGCUAAGACACCGAGCUGAUAAUGAAGUAAAUAAGAGCAUCAUCUACACCAUUGAAAAUGCAGAGAGAGUGAAAAAAGAGAGUGAAAAAAUCAAGGUUGGUGAUAUAGUAGAAGUAGCAGCAGAUGAAACUUUUCCCUGUGAUCUUAUCCUCUUGUCUUCAAGCAGUGAUGAUGGCAUCUGUUAUGUCACAACGACAAGUCUUGAUGGGGAGUCCAACUGCAAGACUCAUUAUGCAGUACGUGAUACCAUUAUGCUCUGUACAGCUGAUUCCAUUGACAACCUCCGUGCCACAAUUGAAUGUGAACAACCUCAACCUGAUCUCUACAAGUUUGUUGGGAGAAUCAAUAUCUAUAAUGAAGGUGCAGAAACAAUUGCCAGGUCUCUAGGUCCUGAAAAUCUAUUGUUGAAAGGAGCAACACUCAAAAAUACCAAGAAGAUUUAUGGAGUUGCUGUUUACACAGGUAUGGAAACGAAAAUGGCUUUGAACUACCAAGGAAAAUCUCAAAAACGCUCUGCUGUAGAAAAAUCUAUCAAUGCUUUCUUGAUAGUUUAUUUAUGCAUUCUUCUGACGAAAGCUGCAGUAUGCACCGCUCUGAAAUAUUUCUGGCAAAGUUACCCAUAUAAUGAUGAGCCCUGGUACAACCAAAAAACUCAAAAAGAACGUGACACUUUCAAGGUUUUGAAAAUAUUCACAGACUUCCUGUCAUUUAUGGUUCUGUUCAACUUCAUUAUCCCCGUCUCCAUGUAUGUUACAGUAGAAAUGCAGAAAUUCUUGGGCUCCUUUUUCAUUUCUUGGGAUAAAGAAUUGUUUGAUGAAGAAAUAAAAGAAGGAGCUCUAGUUAACACCUCAGACCUUAAUGAAGAACUUGGUCAGGUAGAGUUCGUAUUUACAGAUAAAACCGGAACCCUUACAGAGAACAGCAUGGAAUUCAUUGAGUGUUGCAUAGAUGGACACAAAUACAAAGAAAGCAUUUCAGAGGUCGAUGGGUUCUCUCAAACUGAUGGUCCCUUAAAAUACUUUGGAAAAGCUGAAAAGAGUCGAGAAGAGCUGUUUCUGCGAGCUUUGUGUUUGUGCCAUACUGUGCAAAUUAAAGAUUGUGACAGCAUCGAUGGACCAACAAGAGGAACAGAGUGUACUUAUAUUUCCUCUUCACCAGAUGAAGUAGCCCUAGUGAAAGGAGCCAGAAGGCAUGGGUUCACUUAUUUAGGACUCCAUGACCACUGCAUGAAAUUAGAAAAUCAGAAGAAAGAAAUAGAAGAGUAUGAACUCCUACAUGUUUUAAGCUUCGAUCCCGUCCGUCGGCGGAUGAGUGUAAUUGUGAGAAACAAUGCAGGAAAGAUACUUCUCUUUUGUAAAGGAGCUGAUUCAGCAGUUUUUCCCAGGGUACAAGCUCACGAGAUAGACCUAACUAAAGUUCAUGUAGAACGCAAUGCAUUGGAUGGGUACCGAACACUUUGUGUGGCCUUCAAAGUAUUAACUCAAGCUGAUUAUGACAAAAUUGACCGGCAUCUUUCAGAAGCUAAAAUGGCAUUACAGGAUAGAGAAGAAAAGCUGGCCAAAGUUUUUGAUGAUACAGAGACCAACAUGAAUUUGCUUGGGGCCACUGCAGUGGAAGACAGACUUCAAGACCAAGCAGCAGAAACAAUUGAGGCUUUGCACGCUGCAGGGAUGAAAGUCUGGGUGCUUACCGGAGACAAGAUGGAAACUGCAAAAUCCACCUGCUACGCCUGCAGACUUUUCCAGACGAGCACUGAGCUAUUGGAACUAACGACAAAAACCUUAGAAGGAAGUGAGAGAAAAGAGGAUCGAUUGCACGAAUUGCUGUUGGAGUAUCAUAAAAAGUUGGUGCAGGAUAGUCCCAAAAGUAGAAGCCUUAAAAGAGACUGGUCAAUACAUCAAGAAUAUGGAUUAAUUAUUGACGGCGCAACAUUAUCACUUAUAUUAAAUCCUAGUCAAGAUUCCAGUUCAAGUAAUUACAAAAGUAUUUUUUUACAAAUUUGCCUGAAGUGCACUGCAGUUCUGUGUUGUCGGAUGGCCCCUUUGCAGAAAGCGCAGAUCGUGAGGAUGGUCAAGAAUACAAGAGGGAGUCCAAUUACGCUGUCAAUAGGCGAUGGUGCCAAUGAUGUUAGUAUGAUCUUGGAAUCACAUGUGGGAAUAGGGAUAAAAGGCAAAGAAGGACGUCAAGCUGCAAGAAACAGCGACUACGCUGUUCCUAAGUUUAAGCAUUUGAGGAAGCUGCUUCUGGUUCAUGGACAUUUAUAUUAUGUGAGGAUAGCACAUCUUGUACAGUAUUUCUUCUAUAAGAACUUUUGUUUUAUUUUACCACAAUUUUUGUACCAGUUCUUCUGUGGAUUCUCACAACAGCCAUUAUAUGAUGCUGCUUACCUUACAAUGUACAAUAUUUGCUUCACAUCAUUGCCUAUCCUGGCCUACAGUUUGCUGGAGCAGCACAUCAACAUUGAUACUCUGACCUCAGAUCCAAGAUUGUAUAUGAAAAUUUCUGAUAAUGCUAUGCUGCAGUGGAGCCCUUUCCUAUAUUGGACCUUUCUGGGUGCCUUUGAUGGAAUCGUAUUUUUCUUUGGGACUUUUUUUGUUUUUCAAACUACAACGUUAGAAGAUAAUGGAAUGGUAUUUGGAAACUGGACUUUUGGAACCAUUAUCUUUACCGUAUUAGUGUUCACCGUAACGCUAAAGCUUGCAUUGGAUACUCGAUUCUGGACGUGGAUGAAUCACUUUGUGAUUUGGGGUUCUUUAGCCUUUUAUGUAUUUUUCUCAUUCUUUUGGGGAGGAAUUAUUUGGCCUUUUCUCAAGCAACAGAGAAUGUAUUUUGUAUUUGCUCACAUGCUGACUUCGGUAUCGACUUGGCUGGCAAUAAUUCUUCUGAUAUUUAUCAGUCUUUUCCCUGAGGUUCUUCUGAUAGUUGUAAAAAAUGUAAAAAGAAGAAGUGCCAGGAAAAAGCUGAACUGUAAAAAGACAUCCGAUUCAAUGUCGUCCAGACCUUCUGUCAGACCUCUUCUUUUACGAACAUUCUCAGACGAGUCUAAUAUGUUUUAACAGAGUCUACAUUUUGAGCUGCCUAUGCUGUUGUCCUACAAGCAUAUUGAUAAUGGUUACAUCUAAGAAAUGAAGCUUGAAGAAGCUGCUAUAAAAAGUUAUCAUCUCAGGAUACUUGAAAUGCAACAACUUUAAACAAUGCUCGUUACUAGUUCUGUGGGGCAAGAUAAAUGCCCACUAAACUACCAAAUCACCUUCCUUACAUGACACUGACAUCGUAAGCAGUCUUGCCCGCAAAUUCAUCAAAGCUGAAGCGCCGGUCGAAACAAGUAUGAUUGUUGUCUAUGUUCAUAUGCCAAAAUGGGUGCUUUAAAAAUAUAUAUAUAAUCUAAUGAGUUGCCAGACUCUGAAUUUAAACUCAGAAGUGUAGAUUCAUGCAUUGAGACAGUUAGAUUUUCUGGACGUGACUUUUUAUCUGGCUAAAAAAAUCUGGAUUUCCAGAGAAUUAGUUAAUUGUUUUAAGUUUUCAAAUUCAUCUAAAGAAAUACUUGAAAAUAUGGGAGUCGUUUUUCCAUUGUAAAAUGUGCCAAUGGCGAAACUUCCGUGUAUCGAGUGAAACAGUUUAAUAGGCUCUUCACUUCCAUGUGAUUGUGUGCUGGUAUUAAAAAAAACAAAAACACCUAGAUUUAGAAAUUUUAGUGCAUUUCAAAUAGCAAGAAGGUUUGGUUUUUUAUGGGAUUUGUUAAGCGCUCACUAUGUAUUAAGAACUAUUCUAAGCGCUGUGGUAGAUACAGAUUAAUCAGACUGGAUAUAAUCCUUAGCCCAAUGGGGUUCUCAGUCCAAGUAGUAGGGAGAACAGGAAUUGAGUCCCCAUUUUGCAAAUGGGGAACAUAAAACACAGAGAGAUUAAGUGAUUUGCCCAAGGUCACACAGCUGGCAAGUGACACAGCUGGGAUUAGAAACCAGAUCCUCUGGCUCCCAGGCCUGUGCUUUAACCAUUAGGCCACAUUGCUUCCCUAAAAGAGUUGCCGGGCAUUUUGUGGGGAAGCAUGGAAAAAAUGAAUUUCCUAACACAUUUUGCUCUUGAGGUUACUUUGGACAUAUUAGUGUGAGUGGAAAAUAAUACACCAAAUCCGGUUACGAAAAUUUUUUAAAUUUGUUCAAAAUUAAACAUAACUGUCAUGUCAUUUUUACCAGUGACAUGCGGUCUGGUGGGCAGAAUGUAUUGGUUCAAAAAUGAAAAACCCUAGAACUUAAAUCUUUAGCAUUUGAGUUGAAAGGAAGGCAAAAAACGAAAAAAAUAAAAGAUGCCUAUGGAAAUUUUACUGUGUUUCGCGUGGACGUGGGAGUGGAUGUUGAUGGCGGAUCUCCCACGAUGUUACCUCUGCCACCAGGUAGGCCAAGGUCAGAGGUUGAGUGACCAAGAAUGCUCUCUUCGUUCAUUAACUUGGCUCAUGUCAGGUGUUUACAGAAGCAUCCUCCUAUGGUAAAAUGCUUGCCUGCAGGCUACAGUUCCUGAAAAGAGUUAAUAGACAUUGUAUAGAUGAGAAGUGUAGUUGCUGUUUGUUUAAAAAUAUAUAUAUAUAUAUUUUUUGAUAUGGGUUAGUACAUUUGUUUUUGAAGUCCUUUGAAAAUUCCUCAUGUUUGUGUUCAUUUGUUUUAUUAUGUUGACAAGCCAGCCGUGGUGUUAUCGCAUACUUUGGAAUAGUACACAGCUGCCAAUGUUAUUAUUGGAUAUAUUGUAUCUUAGGAAAAAUAUCAGAUACAGUGCCUAGCAAGACAUUUAAUGUGGCC